AUACCAUCGGGUAAAGCAGGCAAGAAUUUCAUAACCGAAUUGACGUAUUGGCUAAAGCAAUUCAAUUCUAAUACAGAUCUAAAUUAUAUUGCCUUGAAAGCCUUUAUGGUGCUCCCAACGUUGAUUCUACAAAAACCCUCAGCGACAUCCAAAAGCAAGGAACACAGUGAGGCUAUUGAACGGAGGCUGUCCUUAUGGAGAGCGGGGGAUCUAUCUCUCCUGUUGAAAGAAAUAAGGUUCAUACAGAGCAGGUUUAGCAAGACGAGGAAAGCAAGAUCUAUGGAAGAUAUAUCCAAAAUAUUCGCCAAUCUAGUUAUGCAAGGAAAGCUAUCAGCCGCUAUAAAACUUCUUGACAGAGAGACAUCUACAGGUGUCCUUACUUUAUCACCCGAAGUCUUAGAGGAGCUCAAACAGAAACAUCCUUCAGCUGCUGACAUCGAAGAUGAAAGCCUCUUGAAUGGUCCCCUGGAACUUAAUCCUCAUGGCAUCUUUGACUUAAUCGAUGAACAAAUGAUCUACAAUGCAGCAAUGAGGACAAGAGGAUCUGCCGGACCUUCAGGAAUGGAUGCCGAACUUUACCGAAGAGUACUCUGUUCAAAAAAUUUUAACGCCGAAGGAAAACUACUGAGAGAAGAAAUAGUAAUUAUGACCAGAAAUCUAUUAAAAUCCUCAUACCAUCCAAUCCUGCUAGAGAGCUACACCGCAUGCAGGCUCAUACCUUUGGAUAAGAAUCCCGGAAUUCGACCCAUAGGAGUAGGAGAAGUUCUAUGGCGAAUUAUCGGUAAAACAGUGUCUGCAUUCUUUAAAGAACUAAAACAAGCAGCAGGUCCCCUACAAGUUUGUGCUGGACACAGUGGAGGGGCCGAAGCCGCUAUUCAUGCAAUGAGCCAGAUCUUUAGUGAAGAGGAUACAGAUGCAGUACUACUGAUCGAUGCAAGUAACGCCUUCAAUCAGAUGAACCGGUGUGGUUAGCUGAUGAUUCUGCGGGAGCAGGAAGAAUUCUCUCUUUCUUUAAUGGGUCCAAAAGCUGGUUGAUCGUGAAGUCGGAAGCUUUGGCUUUGGAAGCGAAACAGGUAUUUGGAGAAGAGGUUAACGUCACAAGCGAAGGCAAACGUCACCUUGGAGCUGUUAUUGGAUCAAAGAUUUAUAAAGACCAAUUUUGCAACGAGAAAAUCUACAAGUGGAAAGAAGAAUUACAAACCCUCUCAGAGAUUGCAAGGUGCCAGCCACAAUCGGCCUAUAUCGCAUUACAAAGGGAUACAAAUCCAAGUUUACAUACUUCAUGCGAAUAAUUGAAUCUUUUGAGGACUAUACUGAUCCUGUUGAUAAUGUAAUAAAUGAAAUGCUUCUUCCAACACUUUUUGGUCAAAACGAACCACUACCUGAAGAGCUGAGUAGGCUUUUUACCUUAUCCCCUGCGGAAGGAGGCUUAGGGAUGCCUGCACUAAAAGAAGAGGCUCCACAGCAAUAUGCGGCAUCACUUCUAAUAACAGCUUCACACACUGAGGCUAUUAAAACGCAGAGCAAAACGAUGUAUACGACCACAGAAGAUGUGAAAA